AUGGAAGGAAGAAGUGGUUAUCAUAGAAUCGAGGAAGAAGCCUCUUAUGUUCCUAUUGAGGCUGAAGUAGAACAAUCUAUUCAGGGUGAUAAAGGAAUAGAACAGGAGCAGUUAACUGGUACGCAGCAAAUGGAGAAGGCUAUAAUAGACUUGGGAAGGGGUAGUGAAUCUCAAGGGCAGACAACAGGUAUUGGAAGAGGUCAAGGGUUUUCCGAACAACAAUCUGUACAACAAGGUAACUUUAGAGGACGUGGUACUGGCGGGGGUUGUUUUCAGUGCAGAAGGGAAGGUCACCAGAAGAAGGAUUGUCCCGUGUUGAAAGCAGAAGAAUGCUAUUAUUGCCAUCAACUGGGUCAUCGGAAGAGAGACUGUCCUAUGUUAACAGGAGUGACCUCAGUGGGUAGUGUUGCUGGUUCUGGUAGAGGUUUUGCACUAGGGAGCUCGUCAAGAGGAGGUAAGGGUGUUACAAGUGGUUCACAAGCCCAGGGAAGAGUGUUUGCUAUGACACUUCAGGAUGCUCAAGCAACACCAGAAGUGGUGACAGGUACACUUUCUAUUUUGGAUAGAAAUGUUAUUGUGCUUAUUGAUCCUGGCUUCACAUAUUCAUUUGUUGCAUUGUCUAUUGCUAUGCAUUUAGGUAGACCACUUUCAUCAUUAGAUAGUAAAUUAUUUAUUUCUACACCAAUGAGGGAAGUGGUAAUGGUUGCAAAUGAGUAUCGGGAUUGUGUGUUGCAAAUGGAAGAUAGACAGUUAAAAAUACCAGGGGAGCCAGAAUUCAUAUUUAUCGGAGAAAGAAAUGUUAUUCCAAAUUGUCUCAUCUCAGCUAUACAAACCAGAAAGUUGUUGAAGAAAGGGUGUCAGGGUUACUUGGCAUAUACGGUUGACAUUGAAAAUAAAGAUGUGAAAGUAGAAGAUGUACCAGUGGUAAGGGAAUUCACAGAUGUGUUUCUAGAAGAAUUGUCGGGGUUGCUAGUGGACAGAGAGGUAGAUUUUACCAUUAAGUUGGUACCGGGAACAGUUCCAAUUUAUAUUACUCCGUAUCGAAUGGCACCGACAGAAUUAAAAGAGUUGAAAGUACAGUUGCAAGAUGUAUUGGAUAAGGGCUUCAUUUAA